AUGUCGGCGGAUCACACUAGAGACCCCUGUCCUGUGGUUAUUCUAAGUGAUUUCGGUGGUGCUUUUGCCAUGGGUGUCAUUGGUGGGUGCGUAUGGCACGGUAUUAAGGGUUUCAGGAACUCACCCAUGGGUGAACGGCAUUUGGGCGCGGUCAGCGCCAUCAAAGCCAGAGCCCCCGUGGUAGGAGGUAACUUCGGUGUGUGGGGUGGUCUAUUUUCCACUUUCGACUGCGCUGUGAAAGCCGUGCGUAAGAGAGAAGAUCCCUGGAACGCCAUCAUAGCCGGUCUUUUCACAGGUGGCUCUCUGGCUGUCAGAGGUGGCUGGAGACACACCAGAAACAGUGCCAUCAUGUGUGGCUGUCUCUUGGGUGUUAUGGAAGGUGUGGGCUUGAUGUUCCAAAGAUACGCCGCUUGGCAGGCCAAACCAAUGGCUCCACCCUUGCCAGAGCCUCAGCCAGCGCAGCCCCUACGCGCAUAA